UUUAAGUUAUAGGAAAUUGAAGUGGCUGAGGUAGGAAAGCUCCAGCACAAGACUUUGGGAGAUCACCAAUACUGGGUACUUGGUAGGUAGUAAAUGAAAGAUUUAAUAAAUGGAUGAUUAGAUAUGAGUAUCCAUAAGAGAUUUUCCCAGAGAAUUGUCAUUAAUUAGAAAACAGACUGAGAAAUUGGUUCCAAAUUGUGGGUAAAAAAGCCAGGCCAGUAGAUCACACUUGUAAUCCUAGCUACGCAGAAGGCUGACACCUGGAGAAUCAAGGUUUGUAGCCAGCCAUGGCAGAAAAGCCCUCAAGACUCUGAUCUCCAAUUAACCAGCAAAAAGCUGGACUAGUAAGAGAUAGAGCAAGGAGUAGUAGAAUGCCACUCAUGAAGAUGAAGAAUGUCAAGCAAGAGUGUGAGGCCCUGAGUUCAAGCCCAGAUUCAGGUGCUUUGAUCUUCAACAAGGGGAGAUUUGCUUUUUGAUACUGAAGACAACACAGAAUGGGGCCACGAAAGAAAAGUGUUAAAACAUGUCUAAUGAAUAGCGAAAUCACAGAGGAACCAUUGUCAGAUGAAACAAAAGACUACAUGAAUCAACUUUCACAUGAAGUACUUUGCCAUAUCUUUAGGUACCUCCCUCUGCAGGAUAUCAUGUGUAUGGAAUGCCUUUCCCGGAAGCUAAAGGAAGCCGUGACUCUGUACCUCAGAGUUGUGAGGGUUGUGGACCUCUGUGCUGGGCGGUGGUGGGAGUACAUGCCAAGUGGCUUCACAGAUUCCAGUUUUCUAACACUUUUAAAGAAGAUGCCAGAUGUUGAACAGCUGUAUGGCCUUCACCCUCGGUAUCUUGAGAGGCGAAGAGUGAGGGGCCAUGAGGCAUUCAGCAUUCCAGGAGUCCUAGAAGCUUUACAAGCAUGUCCAAACUUGGUGGGUGUGGAAACAUCUCAUUUGGAGUUGGUAGAAUCCAUUUGGACAUAUAUGCCACAUGUCCAUAUUCUGGGGAAAUUUCGUAAUCGUAACGGAGCAUUUCCAAUUCCUCCUGAAAAUAAGCUGAAAAUUCCUAUAGGAGCAAAAAUUCAAACUUUACAUUUAGUUGGAGUGAAUGUACCUGAAAUUCCUUGCAUCCCAAUGCUAAGGCACCUUUAUAUGAAGUGGGUAAGACUCACUAAACCACAGCCAUUUAAAGACUUCCUUUGCAUCAGCUUAAGAACUUUUGUCAUGAGGAAUUGUGCAGGACCUACCAAUUCCUUGAAGUAUGUCCCGCUGGUGACAGGGUUAGCCUCCGCCCGCAACUUGGAACAUUUAGAAAUGGUCCGAGUUCCUUUCCUGGGAGGUCUUAUCCAGCAUGUCGUUGAAGACAGUUGGAGAUCAGGAGGCUUUAGGAAUUUGCACACCAUUGUUUUGGGAGCUUGCAAAAAUGCUCUGGAAGUAGACCUUGGCUACCUCAUCAUCACGGCUGCUCGGAGGUUACAUGAAGUUCGGAUCCAGCCUUCACUAACCAAAGAUGGUGUUUUUUCAGCCCUAAAGAUGGCAGAACUGGAGUUUCCUCAGUUUGAAACUCUUCACCUGGGAUAUGUAGAUGAAUUUUUACUGCAGAGCAGAAUGGCUAAUGCAGAUUUGGUGAAGUAUGGUUUGGCUGAUGUGGUAGAAAAUCCUGGUAUCAUCACCGAUAUAGGGAUGAAAGCAGUCAAUGAAGUCUUCUCCUGUAUCAAGUAUCUGGCAAUUUAUAAUUGCCCCCAUCUUCAUAACCCAUACAAUUGGAUCUCAGACCACUCAAGAUGGACUCGUUUGGUUGACAUCAACCUUGUGCGGUGCCAUGCUUUGAAACUGGACUCCUUUGGCCAGUUUAUUGAGCUGUUACCCAGCCUAGAGUUUAUUUCACUGGACCAAAUGUUUCGUGAGCCACCGAAGGGCUGUGCUCGAGUUGGUCUGAGUGCAGGCACAGGAAUUGGAGUUUCCUCAGCCCUGGUGAGCAAUCAGAACUCCAACAACGACAAUGAUAAUAAUGCCCAGAACAACAACGCCAACAUCCAUGACAACCACCACCAUCCCGAUGACUCGGAUGAGGAGAAUGACUUUCGGCAAGACCUGCAGCCGGGAGAGCAGCAGUUUGCGGCCGACGCAUUGAAUGAGAUGGAAGACAUGGUGCAAGAAGAGGGAGAGGUGAUAGCCGAGAGCGGAAGCGACACGCCAGCUCACAGUCAGGCAGCUGUGCCCGGGGAUGUUGAUGAGGAACAAGCAGGACCCAGUGGUAUUCAGCGUGUGGUAAAACCAACUCCAAUUACUGUUCAUGAUUCAGAGAGCGACGAUGAAGAAGAUAGUUUAGAACUCCAAGAAGUCUGGAUUCCUAAGAAUGGUACUCGGCGUUACUCGGAGCGGGAAGAAAAACCUGGAGAGUCAGCACAGUCCCGGGAACUGUCAGCAGUAAGUGGAAAAGGCAAGACUCCACUUCGAAAGAGGUACACCUCCCAUCAGAUGGGCCAGUCGAAGCCGUUUCCCCUCGAGGAAAGCAGCUGUGAGAAGGGCUGUCAGGUCACCAGUGAGCAGAUCAAAGCCGAUAUGAAAGCAGCUAGGGAUAUUCCCGAAAAGAAAAAAAACAAGGAUGUUUAUCCCAGCUGCAGCAGCACCGCCGCCAGCACAGUGGGAAACUCCAGCUCACACAGCACUGCUUCUCAGAGCCCCGACUUUGUAAGGACGGUGACCAGCAGCGGCUCUUCCGAGCCUAGCCCUACCGAAGUGGAUGUGUCCAGGCAGUGUGUCUGCUCCCCCGGUGGGUCAGAGGACUCUGAGGUCGUGGAGGAGGGAGAUGCAGAGAGUUCUGUCUGCCCCAGAUGCUGCUGUCACAGGCCCCAGGAGCCCCAGAGGAGAACUAGCAGGUGUUCUGAUGAGGAACGUCCUUCAACCAGCCGAGCCUCUGUUGUGAAUGGCCCGGAUGGUACGAGAUCCGCCUUUUCCUUUAGGACUCUGCCACAAGGGGGGUCUUCAGGCCCAGCACAAGAUGAGAGGACUAAUGGGAGUGGCCCUGGGGCUGCAGGUGAGGACAGGAGGGGGAGCCCCCAGCCUGAGAGUUGUGACGUGCAGUCUCGUGAAGACUACCCUCGGAGGCCCCUAACCAGGGCCAGGAGCAGACUGUCCCAUGUACCGCUGGUACCUGAGUCAGAAGUUGCCAAAACAAAACCACGUCAUGCCAUGAAACGGAAGCGGACAGCAGACAAGUCCACCAGUACUAGUGACCCUGUGAUUGAAGAUGACCAUGUUCAGGUUCUUGUAUUAAAAUCCAAAAAUCUUGUUGGAGUUACCAUGACCAAUUGUGGCAUCACAGACCUCGUGUUGAAAGACUGUCCCAAGAUGAUGUUCAUCCACGCUACCAGGUGCAGGGUACUGAAACAUUUGAAGGUGGAGAAUGCACCAAUUGUAAACCGAUUUGACUAUGCCCAGUGCAAGAAACUGAAUAUGGAUCAGGUUCUAGAUCAGAUCCUAAGGAUGCCUCCUGAGAGGAACCGCAUCAUAUACCUGCGCCCAAUGCAACAGGUCGACACACUGACAUUGGAGCAGAAGCUGUUCAGUGGCCCCUACCCCUAUCACAUCUGUAUCAUCCAUGAAUUCAGCAACCCUCCCAACGUGCGGAACAAGGUGCGCAUUCGCAGCUGGAUGGACACCAUAGCGAACAUCAAUCAAGAACUUAUUAAGUAUGAAUUCUUCCCUGAAGCCUCUCGAACUGAAGAAGAUUUAAAAAAGUACCCCAAGUACCCCUGGGGGAGAGAAAUCUAUACUUUAGAGGGUGUUGUGGACGGAGCUCCGUACUCCCUGAUCUCUGACUUCCCCUGGCUGAGGUCGCUCCGAGCUGCAGAGCCCAACAGCUUCGCCCGAUACGAUUUUGAAGACGACGAAGAAAGUACCAUCUAUGCUCCCAGGAGGAAAGGCCAGCUGUCCGCGGACAUCUGCAUGGAGACGAUAGGAGAGGAGAUCUCCGAGAUGCGGCAGAUGAAGAAGGGCGUGUUUCAGCGGGUGGUGGCCAUUUUCAUCCACUACUGCGACGUCAACGGAGAGCCCGUGGAGGAUGACUACAUUUGAUUCCUCCUUCCCAGCAGAUGUGUCAGGAAGCAGGGGAGCCCGCGGGGGCGGGGCGCUUCCCAGGGACUCGGGGAGGGGAGUGGUAAGGGAGGCCCCGGCUCAGUUUGGUGUAUUAUGUAGGAUAUGUGUGAGGAACAUUGAAAUUGUAUACAAAGAUUUGUACAUACAGGAAAUAUACAGACACAUUUUCCAAAGUACCAACUUUAUAUCCUAUGUUUAUACAAUUUAAUUUAAAAUUUCCUUUUGAUGAAGGCGAAUAUUUGAAAGAGUUCAUUUUUGUUUAUCUUUCACGACUUAGUUCAUAGUGUCAUUUUUGACUGAGCCCUGUUUCCUCUAUUCUUAAUAAUCGCCACCCUCCCCUUCAAUCUGUGCCUUUUUCCUCUCGAGCAAUGCUGUUUGAGUAAAUCUGUUGAUGAGUGUUUGUGUCUUGAGUGCUUUUUUGUUACUAAAAUAUCGACUAAAUUCCAGUCAAAAGGCUGUAUGUUUCUGUACACAAAUGUGGUUCCUUUGUUUUUCUUAGUGUUAUAGUUGCCAUAUUUUAAAUAAAAGGAUUCAUGAGCUUAAAAAAUGAAUUUGAAGGGGAAAUGGAAGAGUUUCCAAAGCAUUUCUAGUUAUUUAUUUCCAUAUUCAAUUGUGUAUAUGCUUUAUCUUCAAUAUAAAAAUAAAAGUUUAUUAAAAACUUUUCUUGCCUU